UGUCAUUGGCUGUGAGAGGAACGCGAAUGUUUUUUUCCCCCAUUUUGCUCAACUCCCAUUGGUUGAGGCGAGAGGAGGACCUUCUAAUAUUUCCGACUUGCCAGCGGUGACCGAUGAGCUAACCUUGCUAGCUGCUACAACGAAGUCUAUAGACAUGUCUGGCCGAGUUCUGGUUGGAGUCAAGAGGGUCAUCGAUUAUGCCGUCAAGAUCCGGGUCAAGCCAGACCACAGCGGGGUGGUUACAGAGGGAGUGAAGCACUCCAUGAACCCCUUCUGUGAGAUCGCGGUGGAAGAGGCAGUGAAGAUGAAGGAGAAGAAGCUGAUCAAGGAGGUGGUGGCGGUCAGCUGUGGCCCACAGCAGGUCACGGAGACGAUCCGCACAGCGCUAGCCAUGGGUGCUGACCGGGGCAUCCAUGUAGAGGUGUCUGCCAAGGAAUACGAAUCCCUGGGACCCCUGCAGGUGUCAAAGAUCUUGGCCGCUCUCGCCAAGAAGGAGGAAGCUCAGCUCAUCAUCCUCGGAAAACAGGCGAUCGAUGGUGACUGUAACCAGACAGGACAGAUGACAGCAGCCCUACUGGACUGGCCGCAGGGUACCUUUGCGUCGGAGGUGACCUUGGAGGCGGGGCACGUGAAGGUUGUCCGGGAGAUUGAUGGCGGCCUGGAGACCAUCAAGAUCAAUACUCCCGCCGUGUUGACGGCAGACCUCCGCCUCAACACGCCACGCUACGCCACCCUGCCCAACAUCAUGAAAGCAAAGAAGAAGAAGAUCGCCAACGUCAAGCCGGCGGACUUGGGGGUGGAGCUGGCGUCGAAGCUGCAGGUGCUGAGGGUGGAUGAACCCCCCCAGAGAGAGGCGGGGGUCAAGGUGGAAUCGGUGGACGACCUCGUGGGGAAACUGAAAGAGGCGGGAAGGAUCUAGGGACCCCCUGGGAACGGCACCUGAAGGGUCCGGUGGAGUAGCAUUGUCGGGCUCCUGUUGCUCUGCAGGCGGAUACACUUGCCUUUGGCGCCCCCUGCUGGAUCAGCUGGAGAACGGCAGCGGUCCAACUCCUCCGCUGGACUCCUCCUCUGUCCCCUUUCAAAGACUCAUCUGUUGUUACUCUAGCGCAGCCCAGACUAACGCCUCCCCUGUAACCUGCUGACAGCACGCUGUGUUCAUGCUGUAAAUGUAAAUAUGGGUCCAAACGGACACCUAUGGGUUGUUAGCCCGGUCCUGCCACUCGGUACAACUAAACAUGAAAUUCUCUUUACCGCAAGCGCCUCAACUCCACACAGAUUGUACAGACCUCUACGAUGACAAUAAAAACUACGGUGUUCUUAUCCCGGCC